CCAAAAUUCAAGCAAGCCAAGAAAAGUACACAAAUGUUAUCAACAGUAUCCCAAUAAGCUUUAACAAAAAUGGAUCCGACAUCUCAGUUCUUUGCGCAGCUUCGUAAACUGGCAAUAACUUUUGAAACAGAAACGACCAAACUUCAAUCCGCGUUUGAAAAUCGUAAAAGCGACGAUGACGACAGCAGCGAAAGUACAGCCAGGGGGGUGCGAGCUUAUCACGAAUUAAACUGCGAAGUUCAAAACGUCAAGGGGCAGAUCCAGGAUAAUGUAGCACUGCAGAAAACGAAUGUGGACGAAGUGAGCCGCUUCAUAAAAGACUGUGAAGUGAAGCAGCAGAAGCUCUCUGAAGACCUGAACGUGAUCAAGGCUUACUGGGAAAAAUAUGGAUACCGACCUCCACAACAGACCACAAACCAUGCCAGUGAUUAUUUGCCUAAAGAGGAGGAAGCUACAGAAGAAGAAUACCAGUCAUCAGAGGAAGUAGGGGAACAUCAGCAAGAGACUGAAAGAGAGUCAUCACCAGAGAAACCUGCUGCUCCACUGCCUGAUCCUAUGCGUACCCCGCAGCUCUCUGACUUCGGCCUGUCUGAAGUACAACUCAAGAGGGCUUUAGCUGGAGGAGAGUGGUGCGCCGAAGUGCCACAGAUGCCUGAAAUGAUCCUUCCCCAUCCUGCAUUAAACACACCGGCUCCUCCGGCAAUGGCCUUCACACCCAAACGUGCUCUGCGCAUGGAUGAGGAGGAACUGCUCACUCCACAGAUGCAUGACUUUGGCAUCUCAGAGCACACCAUGUGUUUUAACAAUGACUUUACCAUGGAUCUGCGACUGAAAAGUUUUGAGAAAACGAAAAAACCACAACAAAAUUUCAUAGAGCCCCCUGUUAAUCCUCUGCUUGAAAGCAUACAGGCAAAUGACGAUCUAGAAUCGCCAGAGCCUCCUGUAUUUUGUACUCCAGGAUUAAAGAUAAAAAAGACCCAUCCCACCACUGAAACCAGUUCUGAUUUAGAAUCUCCUAGCUGCCCCGCUAUUCUGCCAUCCACUCCUGAGGUCCCUGCUUUUCAAACACCAUAUGUAAACCGCCUCCUCAGCACAAAAAAGAGUGAAAGAAAGCCUGAGCCAAUUAAAAUGGAAAGUGACAAUGACAGCAAAGUGUGUAAUAUCCCAACACCACCUCAUGGCGGUGAAGCCUCAAAACGCAGUUGGGAGUAUAAUGUGCCACACUUAGGUACUGAAGACAUGAUGGCCAGUGAGAUGCCAGAGAUGCCAAACCUGGAGUCUAAUUUGGGAAACUCUUUGCAAAUUAGAAGUGCAAAUAUGCAGAAAAAGGUAUAUAGCCAUGAAAAGCCCAUUGUGAGUGUGCUGGACUUGGAUGGACCGACUCAAGAUUUUAACUUGGGAACACCAUGUGUCAGAAGAAACUACGAGGAGCCGAGCACCCCUGAAAUGCCCGACCUGAGUUCAGUGACACAGGACAUCUGUAAACUUGUGUCUCAAGCUCACAUGAGAAAAUCAUCCAAUGCAGCCAAGAAACCACAAGAAAAAGAAAAUACCAGGCCUCCCCGAAGAUUUGACACACUGGCGUCAGUCUCAGAGCAGGAGUUUCAUAGUUUACCCGAUUACCUGAGGCAGAUGAGUCUGAGCAGUCUCAACCAGGCUGUGGACAACAUCAACAGCUCCAUAGCAAAGUGUAAAGGAGAUAAGAUGGAAUUUCAGAUAGAGCAGCUGAAACAAAUGAUAAAUUUUGGAGCAAAGACUUCUUUAUUUAUCGUUUGUCUAAGGGAACUCAAAAGACUGGACCAGAUUAAAGGAUCCAGACACGACUCUGUUUACAAACUAAAGACUCACAGCUGAAAUAGAGGUAACAACAGUCAUCUAAACCUGUGUUGUACUUAAAUACUGAUAGUCAUGUUUUGUAAAUAACUCAAGGGGUUUAUUAUAAUAUCUUCCCAUCAAUUUUAAAUAAUUGUUAACAAAAUAAACCACAAUUUUAGCAACUUGCUGUUUGUAAAUGUUUGGAGCUAUAGUAUCUUUCAAUUGACUGUUCUUAUUAUCUGAAUGAAAAUGGCAGACCAACUAUGUUACAGAUCUGUUGCCUGAUACAUGAGUAGAAGAUGGUUAAUUAGAAUUAUAAGAAUGACAUUAAACAUUUUUACAGGCG